AAUCGACUCCACUGAUUUUACAGAAUAUUGAUUGGAGUUUCGAUUUAGGUAAUUCACAGAUCCACAUACUCUCCGUCGAUCUAGAGAAGAAUAUAGUUGUACAUUCACCGAAUAUGGAUCAGCAGAAGAGAAGAAGUCUGUAAUGGAAGUAGCAGUAGAGAAGAAGUAGCAGUUUACGAAAUCAACACUCCACAUUGAUCUACAACUGAACAUAUCAAAGGUUCGUUUAAGAAACCCCAUCUGUCGAUUGCAGUUGGGAACUCAAAUUCCAGAAUUCCAAUCUUCCCCAAUUUCAAUCUCCAUCAACCCUAAAUUGACAGGAUUCGACAUACUCCCCAAAUCAGAGUUCUUCAGACAUUCUCUAACCUGAGUUGACAUCGGCUUCAAUUCGUAAUAAUGAUCACUGGAUAAGAUUUACAGAACCAAGGUUGCAAGGACAUGAAAACAUGAGUUUCAGCUGAAGCAAGAAUCGGUGGUAAUGGAAGGUAAAAAGAGAUCUUCAGUUACACAAUCGCCGUAUUUCACAAAAGGCUAAACAAUUGAGUGAAGCGGAAAGAGAAGAGAUUCUUAAAAAACGACGUGAUGCUUAUUAUUUGCGGAUAAUACGAGGUAGACAUGCGAAUAAAGAUGGGAAGGAAGCAUCAACAUGUUCUGAAUUGAGUGGUGAAGAAGAAGAAGAAGAAGAUGAUCAGAGAUUGGAGCUUUUCAGAUUGUUUUGGGAACAAAGAAUCUGUUGAUAAUGAUGAUGGUGAUGGUAUUGAUCCAGUGCUAUUAGUAUCUGGGAUUGGAGGUUCAAUCAUGAACUCAAAAGAUAAAAAAUCAGGAAAUGAAAUUAGAGUUUGGGUUAGAGUUUUAUUAGCUAAUUGGGAGUUUCAGAAGAGAGCUUGGUCUAUUUAUAACCCCAAAACAGGUUAUACAGAGUCAUUGGAUAAGAAUAGUGAAAUUGUUGUACCAGAUGAUGAUUAUGGACUUUAUGCAAUUGACAUUUUGGACCCGUCUGUGGUUAUGAAAUGCUUAAAGAUGGAAGAAGUGUAUCAAUAUCAUGAUAUGAUAGAUAUGCUUGUUAAAUGUGGCCAUAAGAAAGGAACUACAUUGUUUGGAUACGGUUAUGACUUUCGACAGAGUAAUAGAAUUGAUAAAGGGAUGGAAGGUCUAAAAGCAAAACUUGUGACUGCUUACAAAGCUUCAGGGGGUAGAAAAGUGAAUAUAAUUUCGCACUCAAUGGGUGGAUUACUUGUUUCGUGCUUCCUCUCACUCUAUCACGAUGUAUUCGAAAAGUAUGUUAACAAGUGGAUUUGCAUAGCCUGCCCAUUUCAGGGCGCACCUGGAUGUAUCAAUGAUACUCUUUUAACGGGUUUGCAGUUCCUUGAAGGCUUUGAAAGCUAUUUUUUCGUAUCCAGGUGGUCAAUGCAUCAACUGCUGGUUGAGUGCCCAUCGAUUUAUGAGAUGUUGCCAAAUCCAGAGUUCAACUGGAAAAAGCAGCCUCAAAUUCAAGUUUGGCGAAAGCAGUCAGAAAAUAAUGAAACUUCAGUAAAGUUGGAAACAUAUGGCCCACAAGAAAGCAUUACUCUGUUUGAAGAGGCUUUGAAAGAUAAUGAGCUCAAUUACGGUGGGAAAUCAAUCCCAUUACCGUUUAACAAAUCUAUUCUUAAAUGGGCAUCUGAGACUCGGGAAAUUCUCAACAAAGCUCAACUACCAGAUGGUGUCAAGUUCUAUAACAUCUUUGGAGCGUCAUUCGAGUCUCCUUUUGAUGUACGCUAUGGAACAGAAACUUCUCCUAUUGAGGAUAUGCCCCAAAUAUGCCACACAAUUCCCCAGUAUUCGUACGUGAAUGGAGACGGGACUGUCCCAUUGGAAUCAGCUAAGGGUGAUUGGUUUUCAGCUACUGAAAGAGUAGGACUAAGUGCAACUCAUCGUGGAUUAUUAAGCGAUGAAACAGUUUUUCAACUCAUUCAACAAUGGUUAGGAAUCGAACCGAAAAAAUCGAGUCGGCGUGCCAAGACUUCUAAAGUGGUGGAUGCAUUAGCCAAGUGAAUUGGAACCAGAAAAAGAAAGAACAAUAUUCAAUGCUAAUGAGUUUGAUGCUUACUUGUAACUUUCCUGUAUAUAUUAAUUCAACAACAUUAUACAUUAUGAAAUCCAAUCUGAAGAUUGUUACAAGAUGAAUAAGAAAAUCUUAUGUUUGCAGUCCA